ACCGUCAGCCAUUGGAUUCAUUUGUCGAAGAGGAGGAGGAAUCGGAUGUACAUAAGAACCAAACCAGGGUCACCUUUCUUGUUUCUACACUUUUAGAAUAUUCCCAGUCUGUUAAGGUGCAAUUCUCAUUGUGGAUUUGGUGUUAGCCGAUCUUCGGCAGCUUGUGUUUCCACUUCACCCGCCUGCCACCCAAAUAUUCAGCGACAGAUGACAGUGACAGGCAGGGUGUAGUUAGCUGUUCAGUGAUAAGAGAUAAACUGUGUUACGGCGGCUGUCAGACGCAGAUAAAACUGACAAUAACGGUCUAAACUCGGUAAUGUAGUUGCAUAAAGCUCUACAACUGCUCGGCUAUGGAUACGGUGCUUUGACCUGCCGGGCUAUGGGACUAAUGUUUCUCUUAUGGACUGACUUAACAAGAAACGCCUCGACACCAUCGUUUUCUGAAUCUGACUGACCACUAAGUAACAAACAUAUAUCUUUUAACUUUAUCUAUUAUCAACAAUUCAACUCCGACGAUGCUGCUUUUAAUUCGCCCGCCAAGGUGCCCACAUGCAGUGCAUUUGUUCAAACUCAAGCUACCGCAGCCGAGGAUGCUGUGGCUGGAGCACCGUCUGAAUCCCUCCGCUGCCUUCCGCAGGCAGAGACCGUCGACCGGGGUCAAGUCGUCAGUCCAUCCGACCACCGUCUUCCCUUUCUGCUCACCCGGGCACUUCAUGUCUGCCCUGUCCUGCAGUCCACUUCGGGGGCUUUCCAUACUCCAUUCACACACACCGACAGGCGGAGCACGGACAGUCACACACACACCUGUUGCCUUUGCCAGCUCUUCAGCCGCCUCUACACCUACACCAGCCGGACCAGCGAAGACCCAGACGGACACGGACAGGGAGCAGACACCGACCACGGUUCCGGUGGAGGAUGUUAAAAGGAUUUUGCAACUUGCUCACCCGGAGAGAUGGAGACUGGCAGCUGGUUUAGGGUUCCUAACUGUCUCCAGUGCAGUAACCAUGUCAGCUCCAUUCCUCCUGGGUAAAGUGAUCGACACCAUUUACACCACUGGAACAGACACAGAGACAAUGGCAGCCUCCCUGACAUCAUUAUGCAUCAUGCUGACGGGAGUGUUCCUGUGUGGGGGGGCAGCCAAUGCUGCCAGAGUCUACCUCAUGCAGACUUCAGGCCAACAGAUUGUUCGUAAUCUCCGGGUCGCCGUCUUCUCCUCCAUCCUCAGACAGGAAGUGGCAUUUUUUGACAAGAGUAGGACCGGCGAGCUUAUCAACCGCCUCUCUGCUGACACAACCGUGGUGGGCCGCUCGAUCACUGAUAACCUGUCAGACGGGCUGAGGGCCGUCGCCCAGGCAGCUGCUGGUGUCAGUAUGAUGUUCUAUGUCUCCCCCAGUCUUGCUUGCUUUGUGUUGCUGGUUGUUCCUCCUGUGGCCGGUCUUGCUGUUGUCUAUGGCAGAUACCUCCGCUCCAUCUCCAAAUGCACACAGGAUGCACUUGCACAAGCCACACAGUUGGCAGAGGAGCGGAUCAGCAACAUACGGACGGUCAGGGCUUUUGGUAAAGAGCUGUCAGAGGUCAACACAUACACACAGAAGACAGACCGUGUCCUCAGCUUGGCCAGGAAGGAGGCUGUUUUACGAGCGGGCUUCUUUGGAGUGACUGGUCUCAGUGGUAACAUCAUGAUCCUGUCAGUGCUGUACAAAGGAGGGCUUCUGAUGGCUAGCCAGCACAUGACUGUGGGAGAGCUCUCAUCAUUCCUCAUGUACACCUUCUGGGUGGGCAUCAGUAUUGCAGGUCUGAGUUCAUUUUACUCUGAGCUGAUGAAGGGUUUUGGAGCAGGAGCCAGACUUUGGGAGCUGCUGGACAGAAAGCCUGAGUUUCCUCUAAAUGAAGGCCUCAUGCUUCCUUCAGACCAGCUGAAGGGUCGGUUGGAGUUCUCUGAUAUCUCCUUUGCCUACCCGACCCGUAAGGAGGCUCCUAUUUUCCAGAACCUCAAUCUGCUGGUCCCAGCUGGUACCAUCAUGGCUGUGGUGGGACCCAGUGGCUCUGGGAAAUCAACCCUUGUCUCUCUGCUCCUCAGGCUGUACGACACUGAUGCUGGUAUCAUCACCAUAGAUGGUCAUGACAUCAGAGAUCUGAAUCCCUAUUGGCUCAGGAGUCACAUUGGAACUGUCAGCCAGGAGCCCGUGCUGUUUUCUUGCUCUAUAAGAGAUAAUAUAGCAUACGGUGCAGUGGACCCAGAAGCUGUGACCACAGAGGACAUCUACAGGGCAGCCAGAGUGGCCAACGCCUUUAAUUUCAUCCAGACCUUUCCUAAGGGCUUUAACACCAUAGUGGGGGAGAAGGGAGUGCUGUUGUCAGGUGGUCAGAAGCAGAGGAUAGCAAUAGCCAGAGCUAUGCUCAAAAAUCCUAAGAUCCUGCUGUUAGACGAAGCUACCAGUGCAUUGGAUGCUGAGAAUGAGUUCUUGGUCCAGGAGGCCUUGGAGCGUCUGAUGGAAGGGAGGACAGUUGUGAUCAUCGCUCACCGUCUGUCCACCAUCCAGAAUGCGAACGCAGUUGCUGUACUGGACCAGCGGCGUAUAGCCGAGUGUGGCCAGCACACGGAACUGCUAGGAAACAGGCAAGGACUGUUCAGAAAACUGAUGGAGAAACAGGCGUUUCUGCAAGAUGAACAGAAACGGGCACUUCAGUGAGAGGACAGGGAGUACAGAGGAGUGGAUGAGGAAGAGAGAAAAGACAGGAGGUGAGACCAAUUCCUGGGAAGAAGUGUAUAUAUACAGGGAUAUUGCCUGGAAUUUAUAGACAUUGAUAAAAGCUGAAGGAAAGCUGAACUUCAUCUGUACGGACUACAGAUACACAGUUGAGAGAGAGGAGAACGGAAAAUCACUGAGAAACAUGAAAGGGGUUUCUUAAAUGCUGCAGGUGUUUUUUCACUGUUUAAAGGACUAUUUGGCACCACAUGAAGAGCCUUUUGGGAAGGAAACAAACAGGGUAAUCCACAGCAAAGACCUAAGAACUGAAACAUGGAUCAGAGAGCUCCUAGAGGUGCUUUAUUUUUAAAAUAUCUAAUUCUACACUAAAACACAUAAUAUCAUAAAUAAUUGUCACUACCAUAGUUUUCAAGGAAAGCCAAAAUCAUGUUUUAAAUAGGUUAAUGCAACGGUAAGAAUCUGAUGAAAAUGACUUUCUUUCACUGUAGUCUGUUAUCACUUGAUGAUUUUUAUAACCUAACCAAACCAAAAACAGUCCAGUAUCAUGUACAGAACUGCUAAAUGUGUAUUUGUGUUGACAUCGUGAAUUUUUAAAACUUGAAGCUUACAUGCCUUUUACAGUCAUUUUGGGUUUAAGCACACCAAAUGAAGCAGCUAUUUGUGUUGUUGUAAGAAAGAGGGCUGAACACUAUAAGGACAUGAAGUCAUUGUAUGCCCAACUGCCAUGAAACAGGUAAGUCAAUGUCCACUGCUGAGCUGCUACACUUCUAAAAACAUUAUUUCUCUCAUCAAGGAUUUGGUCUCAGUUGAUCACAUUUACAUACAAUGUGUUUAGAUUCAGUGUUUUUUUCUCUGGGUGUGACAGCCCUAAACUGCUCAACUUUUAUAUGUCAAAAAAAAAUAAAGUGACUUGGGAAAGUUGAUUGAGGCCUGCUAAACAGCCUUUCUUCUGGUAGAUGUUCUGCUGCUCUCGGGGAGGAAGUGUAGAUGAGACAUGUCAUCAAAGUCAGAGCUGGUGUGUGUCAUGACCCCCCCCCCCCUACUUUAACAAUUAUCCCUUUGUCUAAAAUCACUAAUCCUUUAAUUUUUUAUCUGGUUUUGUAAUCUCGGUUAAUGCCAUUUUUCUUGGUCUAUUCUUUUAACAAUGGUGGGAAAAAACUGAAACAAAAAGCAAACCUGAAACCAUCACUACUUAAACGUGUGUGUACAGCAUUUCUGACCGCAUACUGUUGACCACUGUGUCUGUCAGUGUGUGACGUGAUCGUCUCUUCCAUGCUCUGUUCAUUGGUCAGUGUUUACAGGGUGUGCACUUGGCCAGCAUUAAAUUCUAUGUAAACAGCCCCACAACCACAUACAUGUUAGCCAGCUAAAUAUACAGGAGCCGGCUUAGAGGUCCUGGCUAAGAAGUAAGAAUUCUUCUCAGUAAAUAAUUACCUGGCGAAUGCCCAUUUCACUGCUCAGGGGGAAUCUGGAGCGGAGUUUUAACACCAGACAAGCAAAUGCCUUUAGUUUGGAUUCUCCACCGCUCUCAAGAGACUGUAGAUUGGUUUGUUUCUAGAAUUGCUUGUGAGAAACAACUAGUUGUCUGAUGAGAAGCUUUAAGCAACAUUGCUUUGCAGCACAGGAUAUGUGCAAAUAUUCCGAAAUGAUCACGUAUUAUUUUAGUCAAUCUCUGUACUAUAACAAAACUAUAUUUAAAACUAUAUUUCCCAUAUUUGUAUUGUCUAUUUCUUUCUUCUAUGAAUUAUUGAUUGCCUUGAACAUUGUCUCUGAACAUCACAUAUCCACAUGUGUGGUUGUGGUUCCUGUGGAAGUAAGUUGGUUAUAUUACCAAACCCUGCCCACUCAAAUUAAAUUGAAAUAAUUCAUGUUUUGUUAGUAAAUCACCUCACCACUCGCUGUAAAGUAAACACUGAUGGUGCUCGUAAGUUUGCCAAAUAAUGAUACAUCCAUGUGUUUUAACAGAUCACAGAAGACUGCAGUUUCUUUUUUUUGUAACUUGUAUAAGUUAUAAAUAAUAUUGCCUAAAUUAUGUAUGAUAGAUUUUGAAUUCUUUUUUUGCUUGCUAAAUUAUUAUAUGUAAAAGUAAUUUAAGUAAGAUGUUAAUAGUU